AUGGAUCAGAAAUCAGGUCAAAUCGGAGAUCCUCUGUUUCUCGGCGGAGAGAUAUUAAAACGCAGCGAAUCGCAAUUAGCUUUUGACGAGCUUUAUCGUAAAGAUGAGAAACAGAGAGCUAAAGUACUAUUUCUCAGCCACGGUUUGGAAGAUGAUCCCGCCGCCGGCGUCUUUUCCGGCGAUCUCGCUUUUCCCUUCGAUAAAUCGGAGAUGAUAAAUGGGUAUAUAAGGAGCAAAGAUUUCACAGCUGCAGUUGAUUCCCCCUUGUCUUCUGAAUGUGGAAAUGGAAACAAAACAACAACAAUAAAAGUUACUAGUGGUUCCUCAAGGGAACAAUCAGAAGAAGACGAGGCUGAGCUCGACGGUUGGCAAUACGAUGAAACCGACCCAACUAACAUGAGACGCCUCAAAAGGAAGAUGUCGAAUCGAGAAUCUGCAAGGCGCUCGAGGAGGAGAAAGCAAGCACAAUUGUCCGAACUCGAACAUCAGGUAGAAGAACUAAAAGAAGAAAACUCUACUCUUUAUAAGCAACUUUCCAACGCUACUCAACAGUUUAAAGAUGCAACCACGAAUUACCGAAUUCUUAAAUCAGAUGUAGAAGCCUUAAGAGCAAAGGUGGAGCUCGCGGACGCAGUUGCUAGAGGCUCGAUGCCGACGUCUAACUUGAAAAAUCUCCUUCAAAAUCACUUGAGUUUACCUCCUUUUCACAAUAUUAACCAUCAAAACUCAUCGAUUGGACUUGAGAAUCUCCAUGGGAAUUCGAACAAUAAUAUGAUGAUGAACAAUAAUCGUGUUAGCUCGGUAUUAGAGAAUUGCGUGUGGGAAAUGCAUCGCCCGACAAACUCGGAUUAGCAGUCUGAAAUUGGGGAUUAAUAAUAUGAUGAUGAACAAUAAUUGUGUUAGCUAUAUGUUGUUUGUUUAGUGUUGGUUUGCUACUAUCAAGUAUAUCAAUGUAUAAUAAGGUAAUGUAAAAUUGUACAAGUAGCUAAUUGAUGGUUGAACUAAUAAUAUUAUCAUCACUUGCUA